AUGCUUUGGAUAGCUGUAUUUUGUUUGACAGUUCUGCAAGUACAGACGUUAGAACCACCAUCCGAUAAUAAUUGUAAAAGAUCGUGGCACAAUGUGAAAAAUCCUUUAAAAUGCUGCAAUAUGCCAACAAUAUAUAAAGACGAGGAUUUUAAGGCCUGUGGUAUAGAGAAACCAGUUAUGAAUGAUGGAGACGCAAAACCGAGACCACCUGAUUGUGAUAAACAAAUAUGUUUAUUGCAAAAGAACAAUCUAAUGAAAGACGAAAAUACUAUAGACAAAGCUGCUAUCGCUGCGUUCUUGGACAAAUGGGCUGAGAUUAAUGUAGAUUUUAAAGAUGCUGUUGAAAUAACUAAAAAUAAAUGUAUUAACGGAGAACUGAUGGGUCCACCAAAUAUGUGCGAGGCUAAUAAAAUAUCAUUAUGUAUUCUUGCUUAUAUAUAUAGAAACUGUCCGAAAUGGGAAGAAACAGAUGACUGCGCACAGAUAAAAGAUUUCAUUGGAAAAUGCCCACCACCA